AUGUCAAAGGGCAAAGAAAAAGUUGGUGGCAGCAAGCAAUUUAGGUGGCUGCCACCUAUGCAUGAGAUGAUGCUAAAGAUACUUACAGAGGAGGCUGGAAAGGGCAAUAAGCCCUCUAAUACUUUUAGGGCCGGCUCCUUUGCUCUUGUAGCGAAGGAGAUAACGGCCCAUUUCGGGGUUGAGUGCCACCCUGUAUUUGUGGAGAACCGGAUGCGGACUCUAAGGUCCAUGUGGGCAACUAUUCAAGAGCUUAGAAGGAAGAGUGGAUUCGGUUGGGACGAAAAUCUGAAAAUGAUAACUUGUGACGCUAAAACAUACCAAGAAGAAGUUAUGGCACAUCGGAAGCAUGCCGAGUAUCUGAACAAAAAAAUUGAGUUUUACGAUGAAUUAGCGAUUGUGGUGAGAAAGGACACAGCCACAGGUGGCUUUGCUAAGUUCGGAGUGGAUAUCGAAAAUGAGCCAGAUAAUGGGGAUAGUGCAGAGUUUGUUGCAGAUAAUGUGGAGGAAUGUGUGGUUGAAAAGGGGAAGAACGCAAAUGAAUCAUCCACCAUUGGGUCGGGAAUUUCCAAGUCCCGCAAAAGAGGGCGUGCAGCUUCUAAUGUUGAUGAUAGUGUGCUGACUGAUCUGUCUGAUCAGCUGAAAGAAAUAGCUGGCGCUUUGAAAGAAAUUAAUCGGGGCCCGGUAGAUUAUACAACUUUGUAUAAUGAGGUAAUGGCUAUGAUGGCGGAGGGAUAUAGCGAAGAUAUGCUCGCUACUGCCUUCGACCAUCUUUGUGAGAAUGAGAAGACGGCACGUGGAUUUUUAGCCAAGAAUGCUAGGUUGAGGAAGCUAUGCUUCACUGUUUUAGAUUUGUGCUUUUGUGUAAAAGGUGUUUGGAUUCUGAGAUUCUGGUCGGAUUUGGCCAAAGAACAUGGCGUUGUCAUCGUCGAUGUCAACUUCGACGAGAGCUGGAGGGGGCUCCGAUCAACCUUCACAACUGCAGCAGGUACCCGACAUGUACCGGAAGUCUCUUUCCACGUUCAAGGUCUCAUGGUUUUUGUUCAUGGUGAUGACUUCGCUGCCGGCUUUCACCGCUUGCCGACAAAGUCUCUCGAGAAAAUAGAGUAUUUUAAUCUCAUCGCCGCCGCGAUCGAGUACAUCGCCGACCUGAACCAUAGUCGUUGA